GUCACUUCCGGCUGACGCGACGCGUCGUGCGCCGUCACUUCCUGCCGCUACCGGUGUGGACCGUGAGUGGCGGUGGGCCGGCUCUCCGGCGUUCCCCUUCCCUUCUCCCUCCCUCCCUGUCCCUCCCUUGGCGGCCGCGGGUCGCAGGGACUCCCGACCCGGCCUCGGCUUGCGUGCGGGGGGGGCCCUUAAGCUGCCUGAGGCUCCGCGGCAGAGAAGGAGGACGACCGCGACCCUCGGUCCCCGCUCCGCGUCACCGCGCUCGCCGCCGCCAUGGCCAUGAGGCAGACGCCGCUCACUUGCUCGGGCCACACGCGGCCCGUGGUGGAUUUGGCCUUCAGCGGCAUCACGCCUUACGGCUACUUCCUGAUCAGCGCUUGCAAAGAUGGUAAACCUAUGCUCCGCCAGGGAGAUACUGGAGACUGGAUUGGAACAUUUUUGGGUCAUAAAGGUGCUGUUUGGGGUGCAACAUUGAAUAAGGAUGCCACCAAAGCUGCUACUGCAGCUGCAGACUUCACAGCCAAAGUGUGGGAUGCUGUCUCAGGAGAUGAAUUGAUGACCCUGGCUCAUAAGCACAUUGUCAAGACUGUGGAUUUCACACAGGAUAGCAAUUACCUGUUAACUGGGGGACAGGAUAAACUGCUCCGCAUAUAUGACUUGAACAAACCUGAAGCAGAACCUAAGGAAAUUAGUGGUCACACUUCCGGUAUUAAAAAGGCUCUGUGGUGCAGUGAAGAUAAACAGAUCCUUUCAGCUGAUGAUAAAACUGUUCGGCUCUGGGAUCAUGCCACAAUGACAGAAGUGAAAUCUCUAAAUUUUAAUAUGUCUGUUAGCAGCAUGGAAUAUAUUCCUGAGGGAGAGAUCUUGGUUAUUACUUAUGGACGAUCUAUUGCUUUUCAUAGUGCAGUAAGUCUGGAGCCAAUUAAAUCUUUUGAAGCUCCUGCAACCAUCAAUUCUGCAUCUCUUCAUCCUGAGAAGGAGUUUCUUGUUGCGGGUGGAGAAGACUUUAAACUGUAUAAGUACGACUAUAAUAGUGGAGAGGAAUUAGAAUCCUACAAAGGUCACUUUGGUCCCAUUCACUGUGUGAGAUUCAGUCCUGAUGGUGAACUCUAUGCCAGUGGUUCUGAAGAUGGAACAUUGAGAUUGUGGCAAACUGUGGUAGGAAAGACCUAUGGGCUGUGGAAAUGUGUACUUCCUGAGGAAGACAGUGGGGAGCUGGCAAAGCCAAAGAUCGGAUUUCCAGAAACAACAGAAGAAGAGCUGGAAGAAAUUGCUUCAGAGAAUUCAGAUUCCAUCUAUUCGUCAACUCCUGAAGUUAAGGCCUGAGCAUCAAACAUGUGCUGCAGAUACUGUAUAGUUCCUGGAGUAAACAAGCAGAGACAAGCGUCAGCCUUCAGAGUUACUCUCUGCCUGUGGCAAAGAGCAGAAAAUAUUGGGGCAUAUGAAUUAGCUCCAGUGCACGAACAACUACUCAGUGUUGCCUGUGAGUGAGUGUCUGAGGUGCCGGCAGGAGGAUUCUGUUCACAUAGUGCACAGCCUGCUGUCUGGAGUGAAAAGCCAACUUUACAGUUUCCAUUUUACACCUAAAUUUCUUGUAGCUGUUUAUGUUAUGGAGAAGAAAAAUAUAUUGGCCUACUUUUCUGAGUUUUCCCUUAAAGAAGAAUGCCUUUUUUGUUUCUUUGCUUAGUUGUGAAGAAGAGGAAAUACAUGAUAACGUAGCUGGUUUGAUCUCUUUCGUUGUACACUGACUGCUUCUGAACAUCUAAUAUUUUUUAGUUAUCUAAAUAAAAUGCCUCUAAAACAAUAA